AUGGUUUUAUUGAAGAAAAAAGGACCUGAAAUGUAUAUUACUUACGCUGAUAACGUUAUUCAAUAUAGAUAUGAUAUUUCAACGGAUCUACAUCUGAAAAUUCCAAAACCAAUUAUACCUAAAAAUUUGAGAGAUGACCAAAUCAAGGUUCUAGAACGGGAAGAAAGAAAUAUAAUAUCAUUAGAAUUUUCAAAAACAGAGGACUACAUUUUAAUUUCAACAGAAAAUAAACAAAUUUUAGUAUACGACAAGAAGUUUAACAUAGUCAAGACAUUUAUAGUGAAUCGUGCACCUAGUAUAGCACGCUUCACGCCUUCCGACGAUAUUUUAGUAGCAGAUAAAACGGGUGAUGUAUAUUUAUACAAACUUCACGAUGAGAAACUGGAACCUAUCCUACUUCUUGGACAUUUAAGUGUAAUUUUAGAUAUAGCUAUAAGUGACUGUGGAAAGUAUUUAAUAACUAGUGAUAGAGAUGAGAAGAUCAGAGUAUCACACUUUCCAAACUGUUAUAAUAUCGCUAGUUAUUGUUUAGGCCAUACAGAGUUUGUGAAUAGGUUGAAAAUAUUGAAAGAUAUAUUAAUAUCUUCUUCAGGAGAUGGUACUAUCAGAUUUUGGGAUUUUGUUAGAGGCAAACAGUUAAGUUUAAUUGACACUAAUUCUUUUAUUCAAAACGAAAAUUUACUGCAAAACUUUUCUGAAGAAAUGAUUAAAGAAAAAGUUGAAAUAUUUGCAUUACCUAUAAUAGAUAUGCAAAUAUAUUUUGAUAAAAUUGUUUAUUUAGCAGUUUCAAUUUAUAGAUAUGAAUUUAUUCAGCUAUACACUGUAGAUAUUUCCAAUUUUAAUUCAAGUUUGGUAUCGACUUUGAAAGUGGAUAUUCCAUUUAGUUUUUGUUUAUGUAACAAACUUUUUGUGUUAAGUAAUAAGUUUAGCGAGUACACACUUGUAAAUAAUGUUUUUGAGGAAAGCAAUGAACCAUGGCUUAUUACUUUGUAUGAUAAGUAUAAGGAUAUAAUAAAAUUUUUUAAUAUUAACGAUGUGUCAGUACUCUACAAAAGAAAAUAUGAUAAUGUACAAGAUUAUAUGGAAAGAAAAAAACAAAGAUUGUAACAUUUUCAAAAUAUAUUUUUUAUAUGUG